CGGCUCCGCGGCCCGGCCCCGGUACCGGAACGGAGCGAGCGGAGCGGAGGGGCCCCGGUCCGGCCCGUGCGGCGGAGGGGGCCGCGCCAUGCCGAGCCGUCCCCGCCCCGCGCCGCCUGAGCCGGGCCCGCGGCACCGCCUGCCAGAAAUGGAAACAAACAACCAUUUUAACUUCACUGGCCUUUCCUCUGCACCCGCUGCCUCAGGACCGAAACCCACGCCUGCCUCAGGGGACACCCCCUUCACCCACAGCUCCCCGCUCGGCUUCCCCCCCGCAAGGGAAAAAACGGGGCAUGAAUGUCAAUGGCUUCUCUACUGUAUCGCACCCCGGUACUUCAGGGACAUUCCCGCCCGGCUCGGCGCCCGCCGGCUCCCAACCCCUCCGCGCCUACGACUGCCUCUGGGACUACGCGGCCUACGCGCCCGCCAGCAGCCUCAAGGACGGGGCCCGCCCGCCCUCGGACAGUUCCCGCUCAACGGCGUCGCCGGGGGGUCCCGGCCGCCGUCCCCGGGCCACGGCACCAACCUGCGGGUGGCCGGGCAGGAGUUCUGGGGGAACGGCACCGCCGGCCCAUGGGGCUGAACUUGCGACUCGCAGGAGCUUUACGACUCCUUCCACGACCAGAGCUUUGAGCUGAUGCAGAACGGCCCGACGCUUCUACGCGGCGGUCAGCCCUCGCCCAUGCUGGGCUCUGACACGCAGCCCUUCCCGCUGCCCCCAGAGGAGCCGGGCCCCGGCCAGGGAGACGCCGGCGGCGCCGCCAAGGAGAUGCCCGUCGCGGAGAACGGGGGUGGGCUGGUGGGCAGCCGGGAGCUGGAGGAGGCACAGCCAGACCUGAAGAUCUGCAGCUACAAUGGGGCCGCCGCCGGCGCGGUGCCACUCGGGCAGGAGGGGCCCGUCCUGGCCCCCGGCGCGGGCAGCGGGUGCCUGGGGGACGCGUCGCCCAUCGCCCCGCGGCUGGAGGAUUCCCACAUCCUCAGUGAGGACCCCCUGGAGCCCUUCGAGUCCCUGGCCAGUGACCCCCGCACCGGCGACCUCUACACCAUGGACGACUCGCAGCUGGUGAGCGACAAUUCGUCCCUGGAGAGCCCCCCCGACCUGGCUGCCAGCCCCCCCCUCCAUGCCAGCCCCUUCAGCCUGCUGCCCGCCAGCCCCCCCCGCCCCGCUGCUCGAGGGCCCCGGCUCGCCCGCCCUGCACGACGGCAGCAGCGUCGACCUGAACAGCAGCCGCCACGCGGGACUGGGCGAGGUCGGGGUCCCUGGAGCUCGACCCCCCGCUGGAGCCGGAGUCCCCGGCCCCAUCUGCAGAGAGGAGGAGGAGAGGAGCAGGAGAAGGAAGAGGCCGCCGACAGCUGCCCGGAGACCUCGGCCGCACCAGAAGGAGAGAGCGAGGAGGCGGCUCCGCUCGGUGCCUCGGCAGCAGGGGAUGUCCCUCGCCGGCGCAUCGCCACGCAGGAGGAGGUUCGCUUCCCGCUGCAGCACGGGUGGAGGCGGGAGGUUCGGAUCAAGAAGGGGAACCACCGCUGGCAGGGUGAGACCUGGUACUACGGGCCCUGCGGGAAGAGGAUGAAGCAGUUCCCGGAGGUGAUCAAGUACCUGAGCAGGAACAUGGUGCAGGACGUGCGGCGCGAGCACUUCAGCUUCAGCCCCCGGAUGCCGGUGGGAGAUUUCUAUGAGGAGCGGGACACGCCAGAGGGUGUGCAGUGGGUGAGGCUGAGCCCCGAGGAGAUCCCCGGGCGCAUCCAGGCCAUCACGGGCAAGCGCGGGCGGCCCCGCAACGCCGAGAAAGCCAAGCCCAAGGAGCCACCGGUCGCCAAGCGGGGCCGGGGCCGCCCGCCCAAGGUCAGGAUUGUGGAUUUGCUGAGCAAGACGGACGCGCGUCUGCUGAAGAGGCUGGAAGCACAAGAGGUGCUCAGCGAUGAGGACAAGCUGAAAAUGAGUAAAUCAAGAAGAAAAUGGCAAGAACAAGCAGAAACAGGAGGGCCAAAGCCCCCAGGGCCAAGGAGACCAAGAAGAAGCCUAAGGCCAAGGAGAAGAAGGGGAAGCCAGAGAAGGGCAAGGACAAGGCUCGACCCAAGGAGAAGAAGGGCAAGGGGGCUCUGGAAGGCGGACAAGGGGCUGGUGGCCCAGCGGCGCCUGGAGGAGCGGCAGCGGCAGCAGCUCAUUCUGGAGGAGAUGAAGAAGCCCACGGAGGACAUGUGCCUGGGGGGACCACCACCCCUUCCAGCUUCUCCCGCAUCCCGGGGCUUCGUCCUGCCCAGCCGCGCCUUCUCCGACUGCCUGACAGUCGUGGAGUUCCUGCAGAGCUACGGCAAAGUGCUGGGCCUGGACCCCACCCGGGACGUGCCCACGCUGGGCGCGCUGCAGGAGGGGCUGCUGGGGGUGGGCGCCGGGGCCGGGCAGCUGCAGGACCUGCUGGUGCGGCUGCUGCAGGCAGCGAUCUACGACCCCGGGCUGCCGCCCUACUGCCAGUCCCUGAAGAUCCUGGGGGAGAAGGUGUCGGAGAUCAGCCUGAACCGUGACACCGUGUCCGAGAUCCUGCGCUGCUUCCUGACGGCGCACGGGGCGGGCGCGGAGCUGUGCGAGGGGCUGCGCACCAAACCCUUCCAGGCGCUGCCCCCGGAGUGGAAAGCUGCCAUCCUGGUCUUCCUGGUGAACGAGCUCAACAGCAGUGCCCUCAUCAUCAGUGAGAUCGACAAGACCCUGGAGAACAUGUCCAACUACAGGAAGAACAAGUGGAUCAUCGAGGGCCGCCUGCGCAGGCUGAAGGUCGCCCUGGCCAAGAAGACGGGCCGUCCCGAGUCGGAGAUCACGGGCCUGGAGGACGGACGGCGCCGGCGCAGCUCCCGCCUGACCGAGGACACGGGCCUGGAGAUGGAGGAGGAGGAGGAGCCGGGACGGAGAUCCCGCCGGGAGGAGGAGGCCGACACGUCCGCGUCCAGCGUCCCGGAGCUGGAGCCGAUCGAGAAGUUGGCCAAGAGGCAGAUGUUCUUCCGCAAGAAGCUGCUCCAUUCCUCCCAGACCCUGCGAGCGGCUUCCCUGGGCCAGGACCGGUACCGGCGGCGCUACUGGGUCCUGCCCCACCUGGGCGGCAUCUUCGUGGAGGGCGCGGAGGCGGCUGAGCCGACGCCUCCGGAGCCCCCCGAGGAGAAGGUGCCCCCCCACGUGUCCCCGGUGAAGGAGGAGCCGGCGGACGUGCCCGUUCCCAGCCGGACGAGCUGCCCGACCUCCCGCGCCCGGGGCCGGCCCAGGAAAGAGCAAAGAGGAGCUGGCCCAGCAUCUGCGGACCCCGACCCACCCCCGUCAACGGGGUCCGGGAGGAACCGGAGCCUGGGGCAGAGCCAGCACGACCUCAGCCAGUCCGCCUUCCUCUCCUGGCUGAGCCAGACCCAGUCGUCCCUGCUCAAGGACUCCGUCUCACCCCCGGCCCAGCAGCCCCGGCAAGGGGGACGCGGGGCUGCCGCACUCGAGGCCCCCUCAGAUCCCAUGGAGGAGGAACUAGAGGAGGAAGAGGAGGAGAGUGCCCUGGAGGCUGUGGAGAAGCGGGGGCCCUGGUUCAACCUGCUGCCCCGGACGCCCUGUGACGACCGAGCCCCCCUCGCUACCUCCUCGGCCGAGCCCUCCCCACAAGCCCCCGCUGUGCCCCCCCGCAGCCAGACCCGCGGGGACCCCCCCAGGGGCUCACCCCCAGCAGCUGAACGGCCUCCCCACGGACGACCCCGCGGCUCCCCUGCUCGCCUCCACGCCGGUGCACGCCGGGCCCAGGGCCCACGGCGCUGCCCCCGGAGCCGGGGCAACCCGGAGAAGCUCCAGGACCUGCCGGGACAGCCCAAGCGCCGAGGGCGACCCCCCAAAUUCUUCAAGCAGAUCGAACAGAAAUACUUGACGCAGCUGACGGAGCAGCCCGUGCCCCCCGAGAUGCAGAGCGGCUGGUGGUGGCUGCGGGACCCCGAGGAGCUGGAGGCCGUGGCCCGGGCGCUGCACCCGCGUGGCAUCCGGGAGAAGGCCCUGCACAAGCACCUCACCAAGCACAAGGAGUUCCUGCGGGAGGUUUGCCUCCGGGCCACCACCGACCCCAUCUUCCACCCGCGGCCCGAGGCGGCCGGUGCCGCCGUGUCUCAGGAAGUCCUGGCCCGGUGGUCGGUGAUGGACAGAGCCUACGAGACCGACCUCGGCGUCCUGCAGUGGGUGGAGGAGCUGGAGCAGCGUGUGCUGAUGGCCGACCUGCAGAUCCGGGGCUGGACGUGCCCCAGCCCCGACUCCACGCGGGACGACCUCCGGUACUGCGAGCACAAGGUGGAGCCGCUGGAGGACAUCACGUUCCGUUCCCGGCGGGACGGGCUCCCGCUGCGCCGGGAACGCACCAACCCUCUGGAUCUGGCCGUGCUCCGUCUCCUGGCGCUGGAGCAGAACCUGGAGCGCCGGUACCUGAGGGAGCCGCUGUGGCCGCUGCACGAGGUGGUGGUGGAGAAGGCGGUGCUGAGCAGCCCCGAGGAGCUGAGCCUGGGCCCCACUGAGAUAGCCUACGAGAUCACGCCGCGGGUGCGGACGUGGCGGCAGACGCUGGAGCGGUGCCGGAGCGCGGCCCAGGUGUCCCUGUGCAUCUUCCAGCUGGAGAAAUCCAUCGCCUGGGAGAAGUCUGUGAACAGAGUGACCUGCCUCGUGUGCCGGCGCGGGGACGACGACGAGCACCUGCUGCUGUGCGACGGCUGCGACCGCGGCUGCCACCUCUACUGCCACCGGCCCAGGAUGACCGAGGUGCCCGAGGGCGACUGGUUCUGCUCCGUCUGCGUGUCCCGGGUAGUACCGGGACCCCGUCUCACCCGGCGGGGCAAGAAGCGGAAACGGGGCGUCUCGGGGGACCCCGGAGGAGGAGGAGGAGAACCGCGGCGCCGCCCGGCCUUGCGCCGCCGAGAGGGGCUGCCCGUGCCCCGGUACCCGGGAGAGGGGCUGACCCCCACCAAACGGAGGGGAGUGACCCUGCGGGGCCAGCCCAGCGACCUCACCUUCUGCGAGAUCAUCCUGAUGGAGAUGGAGUCGCACGAGGACGCGUGGCCCUUCCUGGAGCCCGUGAACCCCCGCCUGGUCCCCGGCUACCGCAAGAUCAUCAAGAACCCCAUGGACUUCGCCACCAUGCGCACGCGGCUGCUGCGGGGCGGGUACUCGAGCUCGGCGGAGUUCGAGGCCGAUGCCCUGUUGGUGUUUGACAACUGCCAGACCUUCAACGAGGACGACUCCGCCGUGGGCCGCGCCGGCCACGCCAUGCGCCGGUUCUUCCAGAGCCGGUGGGAGGAAUUUUAUCAGGGAAAACACGCUCCGAACCCGUGAGCGGGGGGCCAGCUGUGCCCCCCCUGUGCCCCCUUGGGGCUGGGGUCCCCGUCACCCCACGAACUGCCUCCUCUGGAGCUGCUCUCGCUGCCUGCUGAUCCCACACGGGGGGUCUCGUCCCCCCUCACCCCCGGCAGCGUGAACGGGCCCCCCCAGCCCUGUGGCCCCUUCCCGCUGCCUGGUCUCCCCCCCCACCAACCCCCAUCCUGCCCAGACCCCCCCCCCCC